AUGCGUUUGAAUCGCGUGCCUCUCAUAUCAUAUUUAGGAAACGAGUUUGCGCAUGUGUUACUGAAGCUUUCGAAUCAGGAAGUGUCCGAUCAUCAGGAAAUGAAAGAACUGUACGAUAACAAAAGACUGAGCCCGUUAGGAUUAACAACUAUUGAUAUUGAAAUUUGGGGGGAAGGAGAUGGUAAUGGCGUCGCACGAAGCUACGUGGGAAAUGGAGUCCAACGUGGGGUCGGAUUUACCAUUCUGGAAAAGACUGAAGAAUUUCUGUACCAUGUGGUACCUCAUUUACACGGUGCAUCGACAUAUCUAUCCUCUUCUUCAUCAAAAGAUUGCCGAAGAACACAUGGGCGUGCCGUUACCAUCGAUGAUCGACGUCGCGAAAAAUAUCAGUCUUUAUCAGUGUUUAUCAACGUGAAUCCAAAUAGCCAGUCGUCUGUGUUCGAUGUUCGUUCUUCCACAGGUCAUUCAAACAUCAAGCUGUUCAUGUAUCAAGGAGGAUUGCAGAGCACUCAAGAAGCCAUUCAUCACGCGGUACCUGUCCUCGGUUUCCCGAUAUUAUCCGAUCAAGAGUUUCAAUUGAGGAAACUAAAAUCUCUCGGCGCUGGGAAUCAUUUGAAUCUCGGAGACUUGACGACAGACAAGCUGGAAUCUACUAUUCUGGAAAUAAUACAUAACAAAGAAUACAAAAGGAACAUGAUAGAGCUACGAAAGCUGAUCAAUGACACACCGUACAAUUUAUUGGACAAUCUCGUUUGAUGGACCGAGUAUGUGAUCCGUAACAGAGAUGUCUCGCAUCUUCGUAGCACUUUGGCUCAUCAACCUUGGUACCAAUACGUAUAUCGAUAUAGACAUCGUGGCGUUCAUAGUCUUCUUCGUCGCGCUCUGGAUAAAACUUCUCGCGUACGCUUGUAAACAAUAGCAAGCCUGUACGAAUCAUCGGAAAAGAAAGACAGACUAAUCGGAAAAUGUUGAAAUAAUCACUUUGUGUAAAAGUUUCUCUGAGUUACUUUCACCGUGUCAAACAUGAAAAAACGAUGAAAAUUAGCGAAUUAAUAAUUAAUUAAAUGGGUUAAAAUUGGUUCUACAAAAGAAAGAAUUAUUUUUCUAGUAAUUUUUUUCAAUUUUUGAGUAAUUUAUUGUCGUCUUGCGUGCUAGACACAAGCGCGCGACGACUUAUUCGUCGCGUAAACCGCAAAAUUACAUUUCACAAUGCAACGUUGUCAAAUUCAAUAUAAGCUAGCAAAUCAGAUAUUUGUCUUUAUUUAGAUUUGAUUUUAUUGAAAUUUUGUUUUCGUUCUCUAUGCAAAAAUUUCUGUUGCCAGGCUAUUCUAAUGUAAUUCUUGAAUUUCAAUCGAAGCCAGCCUUGAUAAGAAAUUGCUCUCGUCCUUCGUUACGGACGACACAUUCUCAUGAUAAAAAAUAUAUUUGUCAACGUAUAAAAAAUAUACUCCA